UUGACAAGAAAUACUUUGCGACCAUGGCGACCCAGCAGCUUCAACAAAUUAUUUCCGAGACGCUGUCUCCUUACGCGGAAACGCGAAAGACUGCCGAAGAUCAUCUGAAAGCUGCCAAAUCUAGUCCUAGUCAUCCGCUGCAAGUCCUGGAAAUUGUCGCCAAGGCGGACGGUAACGACGCGGCGGUGCGGCAAGCGGCUGCGGUGCACUUUAAAAAUGUUGUCAAAAAGGGCUGGGACGUUCAACGGGAGGAGGGUAACGAGGGGAUCGUCAUCAACGAUCAAGACCGUAUCACCAUCAAGUCACAUUUGGUUCAACUCAUGUGUACAACGCCGCCACAGAUUCAAGUACAGCUCAGCGAAGCCAUCUCCUUGAUUGCGGCCGUCGACUACCCAAAAGCCUGGGACAAUCUACUGCCCGAACUCGUAAAGCAAUUUCAGUCUCCCGAUCAGACGGUGGUUAACGGUGUACUGAAAACUGCCAACGGAAUUUUCAAGUCGUUCCGAUUCGUCCAACGAUCCGACGAUUUGUACGGGAUUAUCCUUUACUCUCUCAAUAUUGUGCAAGGACCACUUUUGGCUCUUUUCAAGUCCACCGGCCAAAAGGUGGACGCCGUCGCCAACAAUACGGCUCAGCUCAAACCACUCAUGCAGUCGCUACGCCUCAUGUGUCGCAUUUUUUACUCGCUCAACUACCAGGACUUGCCUGAAUUCUUUGAAGAUCACAUGACGGACUGGAUGUCCGAAUUUGCCAAGUACCUCACGUACCAAAAUCCGGCCUUGGUGGAUACCGACGAAGAACUCGAACCCAGUCCGAUUGAUACUUUGCAAGCGGCUAUUAUUGAAAAUUUGGCCCUUUACGCGGACAAGGAUGAAGAGCCAUUUAUGGAAUACCUACCCAACUUUACUCGACUCGUUUGGAACCUGCUCAUGACGAUCAGUGCCUUCCCGAAACACGACAGUCUCGCUACCACCAGCAUUCGUUUCCUGUCCAGUCUCGUCCAAAAACGAAUGCACCACCACCUUUUUCAGGAAGAAGCCACCCUCCGCGAAAUUGUUUUAAAAAUCGUCAUUCCCAAUUUGCUUUUUCGCGAGUCCGACGAAGAACGAUUCGAAGACGAUCCGAGGGAAUUCAUUGUCACCGAAGUCGAAGGUUCUGACAGUGAAUCUCGCCGUCGAUGCAGUCAAGACUUGCUCAGGGCCAUGUGUCGCCAGUUCGAAACGCAAACCACCACAAUCUGCUCCGAACACGUUGCCAGUAUGCUGCUCGAGUUCACCAAUAACCCUAAUGGUAAAUGGGCAUCCAAAGAUGCCGCGAUUCAUCUCAUGAUGGGCAUUGCCAUUCGACGAGAGAGUUCAUUGGGGGUUUCUGAGCUCAACGAUGCGGUCAACUUGAUGGACUUUUUCCAAUCGCAAAUCUUGCCAGAACUACAGGAUCCGAACCAUUCGAAUCGACCAGUGGUCAAAGCGACUGCAAUCAAGUUCGUCAGUGUAUUUCGCCAACAGUUUACGAGGGAGCACUUGACUCAGAUCAUGCCCAUGCUGAUUGCGCAACUCGGCUCACCAGCGGUUGUAGUCCACACCUUUGCCGCGUAUGCGAUUGAACGCAUUUUGUAUACGAAAGAGACCAUCAACGGAAAAAAGCAUCCCAAGUUUGGCGCGGCCGAUCUCCAACCCUUUUUGGAACCCCUCUUCAAUGGACUGUUUGCGAUUGUAGACAACGUGGAGCACAACGAAAAUGACUACGUCAUGAAGUGCAUCAUGCGAUCUUUGGCGACGCAAGGCGAGGGUAUCAUUCCCGUGACACAGAUUGUUCUCACCAAACUGACUGCGGCAUUGGGUCGCGUCGCCAAGAAUCCUCGCAACCCACAGUUCAACCACUUCUUGUUUGAGUCCAUUGCCGUCUUGGUUCAAUCGGUUUGCUCCGUAGACCGCAAUGCCACUGCACUAUUCGAACCGCUUUUGUUCGAACCAUUCAAUAUUGUGUUGCAAAUGGAUAUUGCGGAAUUUACACCUUAUGUCUUCCAAAUCUUGGCGCAGCUACUAGAGUAUCGCCCGACUGGCUCGGGUUUGGGGACGGCCUACCAAGCACUCUUUUCCCCGUUGCUGACCCCGGGUCUUUGGGACAAGCGUGGAAAUGUUCCAGCGUUGUCACGUUUGAUGCAAGCCUACAUUCGUAAGGCGGCACCGGAACUGGUGGGACAACUUAACCAGAUACUGGGUGUUUUCCAAAAGCUGCUUUCAUCGAGAGCUACAGAGGCCAAUGCGUUUGACUUGCUGUCGUCAGCAAUUCUUCACUUUCCACAAGAAGAAAUGGAAACGCGCAUUGCUACAAUUUUUCAGCUUGUGUUGACACGGUUGCAAGCGGGCAAAACGCCCAAAUAUGUCCGGCUUUGCACGCAUUUCUUUGCCCUCUUCAUUGGCAAGUAUAGCGCGAAUGUGUUUAUGGAUCGUAUGAACGCAAUCCAGAAUGGCUUGUCAUUGAAUUUGUUGGAGCAUGUAUGGAUCCCACGCGUGACGACGGAUCCCCCGGUCCAGCGUACGGAAGCCAAAGUGCAGGUUGUUGGGCUCACCAAGCUGCUUUGUGAAUACCCCACCCUGUUGAACGAUGCCCAUGGGCAAGCCAUUUGGUCAAAAGCAGUCGUUGCCACAAUCACUAUCCUUACAUCAUCAUCAUUUAAAGCCACGGAAGAAACAGGUUUAGAUGAGGAAGAGAUCGAAAUCGGGUAUGAUGCCCAAUUUUCACAGCUCAAAUUUGCGAGAAAGGCCGCAGAAGAUCCCUUCCCAGAAGUUGCGGACCCUACACUUGGUUUUGCCCAGGCUCUUCAUCAAGUUUCGAGUGCACAUCCGGGACGUAUAUUGCCCUUAAUCCAGCAGGGGCUGAACGGGGCGGACCCAAAGUUGUCGGUUGGUCUGGAAUCCAUGCUACAAGCCGCCAACGUGCAACUAUCGUAAAAUCUCAUGUGUGUAUCGGAUACGACUCCAUGAAUGCUUCGACUUUUAUUUGAUAAAGCUCUCCACUUUAGAACACACACAUAGUUGUGCUUCUAUAAUUUCUGAAUAGGCAAGCUGACCGAGAGAUCAACAUCCUUUUUACGUCAUCCAAGGCCAAAAUGGGCUGCUCAUGACUGUGGCUUACAAAACAAGUAACGGAUUUGAAAAGCCGGUCUAAAGAAGUAUGUUUAUAAAUGUUUUA